CACCAGCUGAAGACAGAGUGCCGUCCUCUCUCAGCCUUCUUGACAGUGCAGCUGUAUAUUUACAGGUGCAGCUCCGAUAUGACGAAGAGAAGCCCGUCUCUUCAGCUUGUCAAAAGGAUGCUGAACCAUCACUGCAGAAGGAACCCUGAGCUUCAUGAGGAGCUGCAGAUCCAGGCUGCAGUGGCAGCGGGCGAUGUCUGCACUGUCAGGAGAAUGCUGGAGCAGGGAUACUCACCUAAGAUCCGCGACGCCAACGGCUGGACACUUCUCCACUUCUCUGCUGCCAAAGGAAAAGAGAGAUGUGUUCGAGUGUUUCUGGAGCAUGGAGCCGACCCCACAGUGAAGGACUUUAUUGGUGGCUUCACAGCACUUCACUACGCUGCUAUGCACGGCAGAGCCCGCAUCGCCCGGCUGAUGCUGGAAUCGGAGUAUCGCAGUGACAUUAUAAAUGCAAAAAGCAACGAUGGCUGGACGCCACUGCACGUGGCUGCCCACUACGGCCGAGACUCGUUUGUACGUCUCCUCCUCGAAUUCAGGGCCGAGGUGGACCCGCUGAGUGACAAAGGGACCACACCACUACAGCUGGCCAUCAUUCGGGAGCGUUCCAGCUGCGUACGGAUCCUCCUGGACCACAGUGCCAACAUUGACAUUCAAAAUGGCUUCCUGUUGCGGUAUGCCGUCAUAAAAGGCAAUCACUCGUACUGCCGCAUGUUCCUGCAGAGGGGGGCGGACACUAAUCUUGGACGUCUUGAGGACGGUCAGACGCCCCUGCACCUGUCUGCCCUCAGGGAUGAUGUGUUGUGCGCCCAGAUGCUCUACGCGUACGGAGCCGAUACCAACACCAGGAACUACGAGGGCCAGACGCCGGUAGCUGUGUCUGUUAGCAUGUCUGGGAUCAGCCGGCCCUGCCUGGACUUCCUACAGGAGGUCACAAGACAACCUCGGACUCUACAAGACUUGUGUCGAAUAAAAAUCCGUAACUGCAUUGGCCUUCAAAGCUUGAAAUUGUUGGAGGAUCUACCGAUCGCAAAGGUCAUGAAAGACUAUUUAAAACAUAAGUUUGACAACGUGUGAAGGCAACAACAGCAACAACAGAAGAGGAGACGGUGACUAAAAAACUCUUAUCAUUUAUAAAGACUAUGCAAUCACUGUGCUCCUCGUCUGGAAGAAAUGUCCACAGCUCUGUUGUGUACACGCGUAAGGAUAGCUAGUCCAGUUUGGUCGUCCAGUUCAAGAGUUCUCCGCUCCUCUUCCCCAUUUCAGCCUUUUUUUUUAACGGUUACAGCAGCAGCUGAAGAGUGGAAAUAAAUCCAUCUCAUGUGAGCAACGGUUGUGGGAAAAAGAAAACCUCAUUUGACAGAUAGCAUUGUUACCACAGUUAGCAUUAUUACCAUUUAUGUUCUUGCUGAACAAAUGUGCAGACACACCCCACCCCCCUUUUUUUUUUAACUCAAGUAAAAAAAAGUCAAUUGAUGCACUAAUGAUGACAUGAUAAUGAUGAUCCUUUCUGACUUAAAAUCAGCAAAGUGUUGAGCUACCUGGACGAUGAUAGCUUUAAAGAAACCCACUCCAAAAGAUACUCUCUGAUUUUGUUUUCGCACCCAAUUAGUGAGUGUUGUUACCCAAAUAACCUGGUUCCAAACCUCUAAGUCACCAUCCACAUCUCCAAAUGGUUCAAUGAUUACAAAUCAGAUAGCACUUGUGUUGUGCCAUUGACAACUAGAGAAACAAUUAGAGAAACAGUUGACCAAUCAGAGCUAGUUAGCUAUGUAGGAAGAGAGAAGCAGUAUCACUUUGUGCAGUGUGAGAUGUGGACAGUUGGUCUGCAGAGACUGCAGUCGCCACAGCAUGUAAAAUAAUACGCUAAUAUCAUGAAAACAAGCUCACUACAAUUAAGAGCAACCAAAGAAAAAUGUCCGACCUGCCAAAGAUUCAUCUUAUCGUCCAACAUUGAGAUAGUUGAUUGUUCAGACAGUUAAUCAUGCGUCUGGCCUAAAUUGAGCCCCAAUGUUCAAGGGAUGGUUUGGAUUUUUUCUGAGUGGGGUUCUCAUCCAUAGUCAGUGUAUUACAUCCAGUAGAUGUCAGUAAGCACACCCCCAGUUUGGAGAAGCAGGCUGGAAUUCAACACAGAAGCUAAGUAAUGUGCUGCUGUGGCAGGGGACAGCAGCAAAAUGGAUUUUAGCCUCCUAAAAAAGACAAUAUUAAUUUAAGUGUAUGCUGUAUUGACAGUAUUUUCUCUGCUUUACCUUUCUGUCAGACAGCCCGUUCUGAUGGGGAAGCCUUUAACAGCUUCAGUUCCCAUCUGUGCUCUCAUCAAAGCCAGACUCCUUUGACAAAAACAGUAAUUUUGGCUUGCUGAUCACAGGAGCUGCUGGUCCACAGCUGCCUCAAUCAGUUAGUUAGUUUGUGUUAUUGUGUGACUUGUAGAUCCGAACAAACCCUUUUAAACACCGAAGUGACACAGUAACACAAACAACCUAAGUGAUGCAGCAGUAGAGCAGCAGCUCCUGUGCUCAGUUAAAUCACUGGUUCUCUCAGUGGAGUCUGGGUUUGAUGAGAGCAAUAAUGGCUCCAUUUCCUCAUCGGAAAGCACUGUCUGACACAAAGGUAAAGCAGUGAAAAUGUUUUUUUCUGCUGCUCCCUUCCACAGCAGUACAUUUCCUAGCUUCCAUGUCCGACUUCAAACUCUCAGAACUGGAGGCGUGCAGAGUAAAGGCACACUGAGCCCGAAACUUUCGUCCAUCAUAAAAAUUUUCAGAAGAGGUUUCUGUGUUUUUUGCAUCUGUCAGAGCCUUUAGAGAAGUUUGACCAAAAUUCAGUGAAGAAAACGUGGCGGCGGGUCACAGCUGUGAAAAGACAAAGGAACGUGGCGCACAGAAUCACAUCAUAACUUAGAUAGCUACUUUCAGCAGGUCAGGUAGAAAUAUUCAGGCGGAUGAUUAUGAUGAGUGGAGGAUGUGGACUGCACACAGAGUGUGGAGGACAGCUCUGCCCCCUCAUGCAGCUGUGGUGCCAAAUGAAAAACAGGGAGUGAGUGAUGUCAGUCAGACAGGUAACUCCAGUGGAGAGAAGCAAAGGAGGAAAGGAAGGUGUUAGAUAAAACGCUUCAGAAUCAGUGUGCGAGGUUUCUGUGUGUAAUCUUUUUUUUUUUGGGAUGAUGGAUUAAAAAAACGGACUCAGCAUGUAAAGGCCUCGACAUCUACUGUAUGUGACAGACUGACUGUGUAGACGUACCUCACACAGCCCCACUUCAAAAGACCCAAACUAUCCCUUUAAAUUCUAAAAUCAGCCGGGGGGAAUAGGUCGUUAAAAGUGGGAGGAAUGAAAUGAAGCAAAAUUCAAGUUUGAUUAUCAGGCUACAAAAUGUCUUCCUAGCUCACUGCUGAUACUUAAGAAUUGACCUGAUUUUAAAACAUCAACAGUUUUAGGGCUGCCGCUGGGUGCUGUAACAAAGUCAGGGAGUAUAUCUUUAAAAAAAAUCAUAUACAGGAUCAGAUUUUCUCAAACAUUGCUCACAUGUUUGUUCUUCUUUUGAUGUGCAAAAAUAACUUGCACGGAUAAUUUUUAUUUAUAAAGACACCAAUAAGAAUAUGUCAUGCAUUUGAAAUGAUUUUGGAAUUUAAGUUUGAUUUAAGUAAUUAUUUGAUACUACCAGAGUGAUCUUCGGUGAUCGACUAUAAAUCAAUCAAUUUUUACACUAUAUGUAGUACAUUUCAGUUUGGAGUAAAUGCACUGUGAUGGAAUUAUGUUCUGAAAGCAUCACAUUUACUCUCUGGAGCAGCUGUUGAUAAUAAUAAGGUCUGUUUUGGAUAACACUGACACAAUCGUUAGAAGCUACAGUCAAUGUAAAUAUGUUAUGUACAACAGAUAUUUUUGUAGAAUUUAUUUAAGCAAUGAUCUCUGGUAUUCUCAAUGUAUUUAAAGUUUGGAAAGUAUUGUGAUCUGUUUGGUGUGACUCAAGUAUUUUUACUUUUAUGUGUGUCUGAGUUCUCUGUUGUACAAGAAAUAAUUUGGAAUCAAUAUUUAAUUUUUACGGCAGACAUGUUGGGUGCUUUCUUACAAUUCAUCAUCUCUUGCAGGUAACUCUGUCAUGGAGAUUAUACUGUGAAUUUUUAAUUUUGACAGUUCAAAAUAAAAUGUAGGAUUUGGGGUCUAAAUAACACCGACACCACAGGAAAUAUUUUUUCUCUUUGUCUCUGCAUGUGUUUAAAAUUUGUAGUGAAAUUAUGUGGCACCUGAAGUUGGUUUUCCUAAAAUGUUGUAUUCACGAGUUCAUUCUAACAUCUGCAUUAACAUGUCAGUGUCAUUUUAUAUUUAAAUUAGCAGGGUUGUCUGCAAGUUACUUUAAACAAGACAACAGGCAGUGAAUGGGUUACUAUACAAACAUGGGAUUUGAAUAUGAAGGUCAACGAAGAUGACAACCUGUGUCCAGUUUCAGGGGCUGCAUCCAUCAAAAUCUGCCUUUCAAAUCUGAAUCCAGUGCAACAGAUUGACAGGACCCGUUUAAGUUUUUAAAGGCUUCCCCAAAUCUUUUCCCUGAACAUGAAGGACACUGUCAGUGUGUCUUUUGUGUUCCCACACACCCCAUUAACACUCAUUUAUACCCCCUUUACGUACGAAAAUAGAUACGUCUGUUUCAAACAUUCUAAACAUCACUGCUCUGAUAGUGCCAUGCGUCAUUUAUGUUGGCAUUGAUACAGCCAAUAGAUGGUACUAGAGGGCCGAGUCAAAAGUUAAACACAAUAACAAACAAGCCAAUGGCUGCGAUGUCAGGCAGGUGGUUCAGUGAACACCAGCAGAAGUGAAAGCUAGCCUGUAGCAAGACAAUAGAAAUCACUGAAAUCACCAAAGAUUUCUACACAGUUAGACAAUUUACCAGUCAUCUGGAGUUUGGUGAAAAUGUGAUCCCAGGCUCAGCUUUGCUUGUGGUUGUCCUUUUAAGUUGCUAGCACCAUAUCUCUGGGUGUUUAAACACAAAUAUUAUCAGCUCCUCCAUCGUUUCUUCUUUCUGUUCCUGCGACCCCCACUGUCUAACCGGCCAAAGCCCAGUGGCAACCACCAGAAGUUCAAUGUGGUGAACUAUGUGCAGCAACCCCUUUGUAGCCCGACCGCCAUGUUUGAAACGGCUUCCCUUCUACUUCCACUUCCACUUAAUGACUAGAUGCACCAACCACACAGCAGUGUGAGGGCCUGUAUAUAUGAAGCGUCUUUAACCGCCUGGAAAAUGCCAGGUCAGGCGCUGGGCACUCUUCGGGGCUGCAUUUUUUUUCGCCCCCUAUUCUUUGUUUUCAGUGUAGAUGUAGAUGCUCACAAGCCUGUUUUUCAAGGCCCAAUGGCUGCACCCUACGACAAACUGUUCAGCUUUUAGAAUGCAGCACGUGCUCCACAUGUCAUGACAAAAACCAACCGAUCAUAGCCGACAGAUAUCUUUGGCUUCUUUUGUAAAUAUCAGUCUGAUAAAUACGGAAAAGCUGAUCAUCUUAGUGCAGUGCUGCAGCCUAGCAACAGGCAUCGUAUCACAGCCUAUUUACCUGAAAUUCUGAGUGCAGAGCUGAUCUUCUUCCAGACACUGUGUGUAGGCCUUUUGUUUGAGGGACUAAAAUGAUCAACUUUUCCGUGUUCAUCACAGACUGAUAUUUACUGAAGACGGGAAAGAUAUCUGUUGGCUGUGAUUGGUUGUUCCUUGUCACAUAACGUGGUGCAUGCUGUUGAAGUUGAACUCAGCUUAGUCUCUAUAUACAGACUCUACAUUCAGUGAAUGUAGAGUCUGUAGGCAAACCCCGGAGAUCUUGCCUCCGGAAGAAGAGCGGAAGAGCCCUGGUUUCCAGUUGUAGGCUGUUUGUAGUCCGCGUGAUAUUGACCAAUCACGUUUGAGCCGGCUGCAGUUGUUGCCAGGUUAAACGGUCCAUGCGGUGAACUAACGAGGUGGAACAUAAUUGCCGUCACUGCAAACUCUGAAUCCAUCGCAAUGGUUCAGCAUAUUUGCUUAUAUAUAAACAGAAGUCGGAAACGGAAAUUCGCCUCCUCCUCCCAAAUCAAACCGGAAUGCCAAAAAAUCGGGAGUCAGCCCCCAGAGGCUGUAUGCGCCGAAUACAGCCGAUGGGUUCCGAGACUGCACCCUAAGAAUGCAGCACUGUGUUUCACGUGUCGUGUGACAAAAACCAACCGAUCAUAGCCGACAUCAUCUUUGGCUUCUUUUGUAAAUAUCAGUCUGAUAAAUAUGGAAAAGCUGCAGCGUUGCAGUGCUGCAGUCUAGCUGUUGCGCGCAGAGCUGAUCUUCCAGACGUGUGUGUGUAGGCCUGUUGUCCGAGGACUAAAAUGAUCAACUUUUCCGUGUUCAUCACAGACUGAUAUUUACUGAAGACGGGAAAGAUAUCUGUUGGCUGUGAUUGGUUGUUCCUUGUCACAUAACGUGGUGCAUGCUGUUGAAGUUGAACUCAGUUUAUCUCAGGGCACAGCUGCUGCGCCCUGACAAAUAGACACUCAGAAACGCGUGCACUGCGGCAGCGUCACCCUGGCAUUUGAGCACGCCUGCUGGGCGUCUGAAUUGAAAAAUUUGAGGGCGCAAAAAAUGCGGCAUGUGUGUGGCCCCUGAAAGAGAGCUUGCUGAACAUAGUGAACCCGCCGACGGGGGUAGGAUUGGUAGCACCCUCCCAUAAAUACAGUCAUGUACCCUGGUGAAAUUUCAGAAAGAUAUGAAAAAUUAGACACUGCUCAGGCCUACUGUGCAUGCUUGCAUGAGACAAACAAAUCGGGGACCAAAUUCUGACAUACCAACCAACCAGAAUACAGCACGAAAUGACACAGAAAACAGCGUCCAACGCAUUGUAAGUGUCCAUAAACAUACAUAACUACCACAUUAGCGAGCGCUGUCUAAUCUGUGUUCGGUGCUACUUUAUACUGAAUUUUUUUCUUUAAGUAUCAACGCUAAGGCUGAAGGGUUUGGUUUUUUUUGCUGCAUUUUGAAAAAAGGAUUUCGGUAGAUUUCAUAUCUCUGCUUGCACAUCUUACCUUUUUACAUCUAGAUUCAGCAAAGCUUCAUUGUACAAUCUGACAACCAAGAUUUUAUGUGCGAUUGCUGUUUUCCCCUUUAUGAGUGUAGGGUGUCUUCAGGUGCAGCCCAGUAACUCUCAGUCUUCCCAGUGACACACUUUAAGGCUGUAUCCUCUAAAAAAGGCAGUUGCUGAAAUGAAACUAAUCCAGUGAGUGUUUGUUUAAAUAGCCAAUAUGAUUAUGAGUUUUGUAAUGUUUGUAUAUGGCCUGGGUUUUUAAUUAUUGGUCCUGAGGUAGUUUUAUUAACGUCUUAAAUCAAAUUGAUUUGACUGUAAUUCUUCAGAUGAUCUUAAAUAGCUAAAGUCUGGAUGCAGCCUCGUCUCUUUCAGCUCACUACUUGUGUUGAUAAUGCAGUGGUCACACGUGAGAAUAAAAACUGAAGGUUAUAUCAUCAUGUUAGGAUGUCCUCCACCACAUCUCAGUUCUGUUUUAUGCACCAUGCUGUCCAUCUUCCUGAUUCUGGAUUUGAUACGAUGCCAUUUUGCAGCAGUAGUUUUGUAUCGCGUGUGAAUGAGUUUGUCAUCCAUCGACUGCCUUCUCCUAUCAGUUCCUCAGCAGACUUUGGUCGUCACAGUCAGGGAAACACUUCAUACAUGUCUUAUGUGGCUAUCAAAUGGCUGUAAGUCUUCCACACCAUUAACUACUGAAUGUACAGAAUAUGCAGAUUUUCAAACGUAAAAAAAACAAAAUGUGUGAAUAAACUGAAGUUAACGUUU